AUGUUGAAAAUCAUUCUCUGCUCCUUUGUUAUUCUAGGCGCAGCUUUCGGAGCGCCACCAAAGCCCGUUCAUGACUUCACUCCGUUUUUGAAUACAGUGUAAGUGGAAGAUAAAAUUUGAGAUUCUCAUAGCACGCAAAUUAUAAGUUGAUCUCCUUUUCCAGCGCUCCAGAGCAUCGUCAAGCCGUUAGCGCUUCCUUAAAAUGCGCUGACGAAAAAGUUCUCUAUUUGUCCGAUGAUGUUGAUCUACUGCAAUAUAAUUCGAGCAUCUUUUCAUUCUUCCUUCCCUUCAUGAUUGUCGAAAUGCCACCAGAAAAUCAAGUUGAAGGAUGUUUGGAGAGCAGCGAUGAUCCAUACUUGGUGGCGGUCAGAAAUCUGGCCGAACGAUUGGCCGCUCCGUUCAGGGCUUUCUUCAGACAAAAGCGAAGCGCCCGUCAACAGAAUUUUAACCCCUUCAAAGCCCUCAAGGAUCAAUGCCGAAAUCUGUAAGUGAAAGCAGUGGCAUUAAAGGGCCUUGUGGCCAAAAUUUUUAAUUUUUUUCGCUUUUCAACACUUUUUAGGCCUUCAUUUAAACUCCCAUGUGAGAUAAAAUACGAUGAAGACUUUGGUCUGCAAUAUCUUGACGCCAUUGCUGCUUCCGCCUAUGUUUCGGAUGUAAUCUCCCCGGGAAGCGGUUGCAGAUUUGAUCUGAAAGGGCGUUUGGACAAGAGGAUCUUCGAGAAGGGGAACAGUCAGAACACUUUCCAAGUUACUCUUGGCUGCAGCAAAGACGGACACGAACUCAAACACUUUGAUGAGGUGUUCUCGGCUGAGGAUUGA